AUGUGCACGGUGCAUACGGCUGAAUGCCCAGUCUGCAGGAAAGAAUACCUCAUCUUUGUUGCCCUUUGCCAGGAUUCUCGACCGCCUACUCACGACUGCCCUCGGGAGGUGACGAUUGUACCCGAGGAAAUGCGUGAAGGCGGAUGUCCGAGUCCUGUCUGUCCAAAUAGCUUGAGAGGAGGCUGUCAAGUGAUGUAA